AUGGGUUUCUUCAAUAAUGACGAUGGGGACUCUGAUCCUGUGUGUGGCAUGCCAAACCCUCUGGCAGCCGAUGCACCGGAGCCAUUCAUCGGCAGCCUCUCCUUUCGACAAUUCAACCUGUGUCUCUCAGGCGGUUGUACAGCGUUUGUUUGUCUGUCAAUCUUCAUUCUCAUGGCCAGACACGCCACACAUUUUAGCAAACCCAAUGAACAGAGCAAGAUCCUGAAAAUUUGUUUCCUGCUUCCGUUUUACAGCCUUUUGUCGCUUCUUGGAAUCGCCUAUCCGAAUGCAUACCUCUACCUCGACCCGUGGCGGGACUUUUGGGAAGCGAUCGCUUUAGGAAGUUUCUUCCUCCUGCUCUGCGAAUUUGUGUCACCGAGUUCGGAUUUCCGCGACGUCUUUUUCGCAGCGUUGGAAGUUCCACAAUCUCGCAGGGCCAAAGAGAAGGGCAGACCCGCCGAAGGGAAUGGACUGGAAUGGUACAGAAGACGAUGGGUCUUUGUUUUCCAAUAUGUCGUUGUAUCCCUCGGGAUUGCUGUCGCCACGAAUAUCACCCAAGCCAUUAACAAGUAUUGCCUGGAAAGCAGCAAUAUUCACUUCUCGCAUCUCUGGCUUACGAUAAUCCACAACAUCUCUAUCACUGUUGCCGUGACCUCAUGCAUCCGGUUCUACAAUGCCUUGAAAAAGGAUUUGAAGCACCACAAGCCACUUGCCAAGUUCCUGUCUUUCAAACUCAUCAUUGGCUUGUCAUUUAUUCAAGAUAUCGUCUUCACCAUUCUUCGCUCAACCAGCACACUGAAACCGAGCUCUACCAUGACUUACGCGGAUGUCAACUUCGGCAUCGACACCAUGACCACCUGCAUCCUCAUGGUGCCCUUUGCCGUCUUCUUCCACGUCUCCUAUGACGUUGCCCCGUACGACAUCACGAAGCCACGACUGCUCCCGUUGUCCGAGAUCCCACCACAGUAUAUCGGUGAUCCGAGAUCUUCACAGGAGGCUUUGACUGGCCAAAACGGCAGUCAGGAACCGUUCAAUCUGCACCGACACAUCGCAAAUGAGACUGGCGGCCAAUACUACGGCGGCGCAUUGGGUAUCAAGGCAUGGGCAACGGUGCCGGAUCCCAGGGAGAUCCUGAGAGCCAUUCACUUUGCGUUCACCAUGAGGACGACGGCAAGGAGAAUGAAUAGAGAGGUCGUCGGUGUCAACCCUCCUCCUUAUCUUCGGUACUAG